AGCAACUUCUCCUCACCAAAGUCCCCGGUUCCUGUUGGGCUGCCAAGUACAACGACCAGCUACCCCCGUGCUGCUGUACCGCACACAGUACUCGGAUUCAGCGUCCCCCGCUUUAGCCGACGCCAUCCUCGCGACUUGUGCUAGCUCGGCAGCCCAGAGGUCUCCAAGUUCCUAACUAGCGGCUAUUCCUCGCCAAGGCUGGUCCACGCUAUUGCAGCCCACGCAAGCGGGGGCGCGCUGCCCGAGGCAAUGGAACCUUUUCGUGACAUUUCCGACAGUGGCAGCCAGGGGCCAUAUGCUCCAGAGCAAGCAUUGGGCAGCACAACACCGUCCUGGACGCAGGCCCAAGGCGGGCCCGGCCGACUCCAAGACCCCGGCGAGCCCCUGCCGAUCCCGCUCGACUUCAACGUCUACAGCGAGAGCGCGACGGACGGGACGACGUACUACAUCGGUCCGCACCGCAACGCGGUCGUGUGCGCCGUGGUCGACAAGAUGUACAGCAUCAAGGAGCAGCCGGGCCCGUUCCUCGUCGUGCACGCGGGCCUGGACAAGCGCAGCACGCCCGUGCUCGGCAGCGCGACGAGCAACUUUGUGUCAGCUGCCAGGAGCCAGUGGUCGCGGGAGCCCAACUUUGCCAUCAGGUUCGACGACUACAUCAUCAGGGUGAUGAAUCGGGGAGGAAGUCCUGACCACACCGGCCUGGGCACUGAAGAGGGCCAGGGCCAGUCUGUCAUCACGGAGAGGCUGCUGGCCGUGAACAGGGGUUCCAGGCACCGGCCUGUGAUGGUCAUGUGCUUCGGCAUGGAUAUGAUGAUGACGAUGCCCACACAAGAGCUGGGCGAUGCCUUUGCAGAGACAAACCACCACGACAGCACAAGGCAGGAGUUUGAGUGGCACGAGGCAGAGAGCGCCGAGAUCCUGAAGCUCGGUGGCAGGCCAUCCGGCUGGAGGCUGGUAGCGGCAGGCGAUGCUUCGCAAACGCUCGCGGUGUGUACGCGCAUCUCACGCAGCCUGACCAAGUUCUUCCGGUUUGCAUUUGUUGGUCGGGGGGUCGCCAUGGCUCACGAGGAUCAUGCGUGGGAGGUCAUGGCGGUGCUAACCGGCAUGACGGUGUGGCAUCGUCGCCUGGAGAUUGAUCAUAGCAGAGGCUGAUUGUGUGGUAUAUUGAGAGCAUAUCCACGGCGCAAGAAAUGUGGAAUGUUCUUGGAACGCAAUCUCUCCUGCAGCAUUUGCGUUGAUACACGAAAUAAGACAACUAUAUUAUCAAGUAG